AUGCCUGCGUCAACCAGUGAUCUGUCUGACCCCAAGGAAUAUCAGAAGAUAUUCCACUGGGCCGAAACCCAGAAGGAUGGUACUAUUCCGUCCUUCAACACUCGGAGGAACGAUCCCUAUCAGUACCAAGCGGGUUUCGGAAACAGCUUCGUCUCCGAAGCGGUUCCUGGCACCAUUCCACAGGGCCAGAACAGUCCGAGAAACGUCCGCUUUGGCCUGUAUGCGGAGCAAAUUACUGGCACUGCGUUUGUUGCGCCCCGACACGCCAACAAGAAAGCAUGGCUGUACCGUGCGCGUCCAGCAGUAGCACACCAGGGAUUUACGAAUCUCCCCGACAACCCGGACAUGGAAUCGAAUUUCCUCCCACUGAACCCUAAAAUCCAUGUCUCUCCAACUCAGCUGGCCUGGCACCCCGUUGAUAUCCCCGAAUCCGAAAAAGUCGAUUUCAUUGCCGGCUUGAAGACCAUCGCAGGCUCUGGUGACCCAACCCUUCGUGAAGGUGUCGCUAACCACAUCUAUGUCGCCAACACAAGCAUGGUCAAGAAGGCGUUCGUCAACUCCGACGGCGAGUUCCUUAUCAUUCCACAGCAGGGUGCCCUCGAUAUCCAGACCGAAUUCGGGCCUCUCUUCGUCCAGCCGGGUGAGAUCGUCGUGAUCCCACGUGGUAUUCGCUUCCGAGUCGAGCUUCCCGACGGGCCGUCGCGAGGAUACGUCACUGAGAUCUGGGGAAGCCAGUUCGAACUUCCUGAACUGGGACCUCUGGGUGCCAACGGUCUCGCGAACGCGCGUGACUUCCUGGCUCCCGUGGCCAAAUACGAGAUCACCAAGGAGCCGUGGGAGAUUGUCUACAAGCUGGGAGGCAAAUUCUUCAAGAGCACCCAGAACCACAGCCCGUUCGACGUCGUGGCAUGGCAUGGGAACUAUGUUCCGUACAAGUAUGACCUGACCAAGUUCGUCAACGUCGGGUCUAUCUCCGUCGACCACAUCGACCCGUCGAUCUUCUGCGUGCUGACGGCCAAGUCGCGUGACGUGAACGCUCCUCUGACUGACUUCCUGAUCUUCUCUCCUCGCUGGGAUGUGGCUUCACACACCUACCGCCCGCCGUACUACCACCGCAACGCUGCGUCUGAACUGAUGGGUCUGAUCUACGGCGAGUACGGUGGACGAUCGGACGAGUUCAAGCCGGGCAGUAUCUCCUUCGAAUGUGGCUUCGUCCCUCACGGCGUCGCCUACGAGCAGUUCAAAGCCGCCACCGAGACCGCGCUGCCGCCGAUGCAGAUCUCCGAGGCGUCGAUCGCCUUCAUGAUCGAGUCCAGCCGCCCAUUCACCAUCACGGACUACGCGUGGAACAGCGACAAGAAGCACGAGCACGAGCCCAAGAUGUGGGACAACCUGGUCGACAACUUCUCUAGCCACGCCAAGGAGGUCGAGGAGAUUCUGGCAAAGAAGGAGAAGGGGUUGCCGAUCCGGGUGGAUGGAAACCCUCAUUAG